AUGGUGAAGGAUUGUCACGGUCGUGUUAAAAAUGCUUUUGUGGCUACUAUAUUCACGGCGUAUUGUGAUCAUUAUCCACUCGAAUUAUCUGUUGAAGACUUUUGGGUUGCUAUUGCUCAAGGUGUCGGUAUUCAUUUGAAUGAGAAUGCUGAGAAGUUUCGUCAUCUUCUUGUUUCACACGAAGGGAAAAAGAUGUUAGUAUUACCCGUUGAUAAUCUUCGCAUUCCGGAAUUAGAUCGACCGGCAGGCGGAAAUAAAUCUGUUCCGGCUAUCAACUGGCCAGAAGCCGUUCAACAAAUGUGCCAAAUGAUUAGAAAGGACAUGAAAAUGGAUCUCACUACAUUGAUGACCAAAAGAUUUUCAAACACUACCAGCAUUGAAGGAACUGUCUUCGACUGUACUAUGAUGGAUAGUGUCAAAUCAUACUAUGACUAUGGAUUCAGCUUGACAUGUGGCAUUCCACAAGUAACACUUCGUGGUUCGCCCGCUGACUUUCAAGAACUAAUUGAUCGAGUUCAACAGCUCAAACUACUCUUCACUGACUUUCAUUGGUGGUUUGACGCUCUAUUGCCCAAUCUUGAAAAGUUGAAAGAGAGCGCCGAAGGAAAGCCCGAUAUUGAUUGGUGGCAAAAGAUUUGCCAUCAGGACAACAGUGGAUCAGGCGUCAAUCUUUUAUUAGGAUGGCUGGCAACUUUUGUUCCCGUAAGAUUUUAAUUACUGUUGUUACAGAGCGCGACAGCUUUCUGAGCAUACAAUCUCGUAGACUAAAUGAGAAAAGGCAAAGCAUUGAUUAAAAUCUUCUCAUUCUAGUGUUUAUAUGCACUGUUAUCCUUUCAAGAUAUGUUUGUAGCAAAAAACUGUUCUGUUUUAGUACACAAUGGAUGACAAUGGUCACUACAUAAAAGCUUGUCAUGAACAUCAUCAUCGAGAGCAUGUAUGCAUAUUGUUACUCCACUACAAGUUAAUGUACGAAUUACUUUUCCUUUCAUUCUUAGGGUAUGGUCUAUGGAAUCGACUUCAGCGAUUUAGAGGAGAGCAUUACUCAAACAGGAUUCUUCUUAGACGAUAAUGGAAAUAGAACAUCAAUGCAGCUAAUUGCUGGAUUUCUUGGCAUCGGCCAGAAUCCAGAGACGAAUGCUCUCCGUCCAUGCCUUGGCUGGGUGACCGCGGUUUCGUCAGAAGAAGUAGUCCCUCAACUUUACUACGUCAAAUUCAAGAAGGGUACACCUGCUGAAGAAAUCGACAGGUAUUUAUUAUGAUGCUUCUGAUUACCAUCACUGUUCACUUAAUUAUAGAAUCAAAGAAAAAAUUGUGAAAGAAGGCGGCAAAAUUGAUUUUCAGUUUGGUGUCGGUUACACUUCGCUUAUAGUUGCACUUUUUGAUUGUUCAGUUCCAUGGCUUAAAGAAUGUGAGAAUAUUGAACAUGCAGAAUUAAAGCACCCAAUGUGAUCUUUUUCAUGUGAUGUUUUGAUGUAUUCUCUGCUAUAAUGAUUGGCAUGAUACACUUAGAUUCUUUGGAUAAUUCUUAAUUGUGCCUUUUACUCCUUAUCACCGUUCGUUUUGUACCAGAUUAUUAUUUAUUCAUUAAUAAAGUUGCUCGCUUUCUUGCUAGUAAAAGCAAACUUUCAGCUGUAUGUACAAGAAAAUUUCAGCUUGAAAAAAUCAAAAGAACUCUGAAAGGCACAAAGAACACACUUGUAAGAAAAGUUUCCUACAAUCACCUGUGGGUGUGGGUGUAGGCGUGUAGGUGUCACUGUGCGAUGUGGACAUCAUUCUACCCUGUAAUCAUACCCAACACAGCCACAGACACCCACCCCCCGUUUUGAUCAGUGAGAAUUUUUCUCUUUUCCAAUUACCCAUAUCCCUAAAUCAUAUAUCAUAUCUUCGAACAUUAAAGGAAAUGGAACCCAAAAUACGGACCACCAACGUUGUGAAAGUUCCAGAAUAUAAAAACGAACAACUUCUGAAACGCAUUACUGACAAUGGGAACAAUUCACGUCUCGAUUUGAGAAAUUCGAAUUUGACUCAUCAAGAUAUGGAGAUUGUGGGCAGUCAAUUAAAAACUAAUAUGGUAAGAAAUCAUUAUGCUUCUCUUUGCCGUUUAGAUUAUUUAUGUAGUAUAAAAGCAUGGUAGUUCAGAGGGCAACAUCAAUAGUUUACUAAGUUUUCUUCUCCUUUUUGAAAAACUUUCCCCACAUAAAGUUAGCAAUGAAAUACUCAACCCAAGAUAAGUUGAUAACGCAAAUGAAUUAUGUUAAGUCUCCUUUUACUAGAAUGAAUUUAAGGGCAAACGUGAGGUCAUGUCUAGGAGAAACAUAACUUUUAUUUUAGAAUAAAGGAAAAUCAGUCCCCACUGUAUAUAUCACUAGGUAUAACAAGAAAAAAGAAACGAUAGAAAUGUAAAAAGAGAAAAUGAACGACAAUAUAGAUGUCGGACAUAACAACCUUCCCGGACAAGAAAAAAGUUUUUUUUGUUCACAAAAACACUU